AUGUCAGACUCUGAGGAAGGGGCCACCGGCGGAACCCACCAGGGAAGCACCAAUGGGUGGGCCGACCCGGAGGAGGAGACGGAUGACCAGGGAGGUCUCCGUAGCUUGAAAUCAUCGCACAAGUCCAGGGCGGAUAUGGAUACCUUGGUGGUCCCCAGAACCACCGCUGUUCAUGAUGUUGAUGAGGAUAUCCCUGUGGGCUUGCCGAAUGAUGGACCCAAUCGCGCCACGAGUAGAACCCGCCGACUGGAAUACUUUCGCAGUGGAGCCGAUGCCGAUUGCCAGGUGCACGUUCUGAGCACUUGCCCCCAAUCCGACGAGCCAGCGGUCAGUGUGUGUUACAAAAAGUUUGGCUGCCACCGGAUCUUCCUGGCCACCGCCUCCGACAAACUGGAGCAGGACGUGUACCAGAACAAGCACUGGAACGGCGUGCUGCAGAUCAAUGGGGUUUCGCCCGAGAGCGUGGAGAUCUUCCUGGAGUUCAUAUACACCUUUGAGGUGACAUCGCCGUUGGUCGAGCUGAAGCUGGUGGGUGAUAUAUUUAUCCUGUCCUGCGCCUACAACAUGCCGGAACUGCUCCGCUCCUUUGCCGAAAAACUGGAGCAGCAAGAAUGGCCUUCAAAUGACAUCUUCCCUGCCUUCGACCUGGCAUUCCGGCAUAACAUCUUCGAUGUGGAGCGUGUUUGCAUCGAGAAAAUCGUAAAGGAAGGGGCAUCUUUGAUUCAAGAACCCAGUUUAAUGAAUCUCCCGGUUUAUGCUCUAAACUACGUCAUCCAGCACUGGCUAGUGGCGGAUACAGUGCCUCCUAAUGAGCUCAUCAAGCUAUUGAAGCAGUAUCAGGAGAUCAAUGGGAUAACCUUUGCCAACACCCAAAAAUUCCCACACUUCACCAAGAUGAUCAGGUAUUUUCCCAAUGUUCUACUGGAUCCCGAGGGGUAUAUCAACCAAAACUAGAUUAUUAGGGGGAAUCCCUAAGUUGCUUGCAUAAAAACCCAUUUUCUUAAAAGUAAUCUAAUAAAAUAUCAGCUUUCAAUA